UGGCCUUGCAGGCGGUGCGCCCCGGCCACCGCGCCUGAGUUUUCAGGGUUCCAAGGUUCCAGGGUAGGCCCUUGCCACCGGAUUGACAGAAUUGUCGUCAUUGACUUUUGAUUGCUCUGACCUCUGAAGGAGCCUCUGUUUCUGAUCACAUCUAAAAUCCCUCUUUAUUGCAAACUUUGAAAGGUAUUUGCAUAGGAAUCGGAGGAGUUAAUCUUGCUGAAAUCCUUCAGCUUCAAGAAGACUCCGUGGCCAUCUUGCCUCUGUUGCUUCCUAUUCAACGAGUAGGACUUGUGGAUGAAUCACUGGCUUCACGUCUUCUAAAUCUGUUGACAGAGACAAGAAAGACAGUCUGGUGACCGGGAUAUGUCCCAGCUCUAGUGAUGCAGAUUACCUUUCUGCUCCUGGAAUCUCAGCUCUGCCUCAGCUUUUCUUCUUCCAACUUGAGACUGCAUAUAAAGUGGGAUGUGGGAAAGCAGGAAAUCGAGCUAGUGAUUACUGAGAGGCCAGUGCGUGGGUAGGCCCACUCCUACCUUCAGUAGACUACCUUCAGUAGACCACGCUGCACCCCAAGGGUUCUGCUGCCAUGGUUCUGCCCAUGUGUUCAGCCAAUCAUCCUUCUGUUCGUGCUUAAAUGGCACAACCCUUGGUCAGCGCAUCUGAAAAGGAAGGUAUACGAAGCAAAACUCAUGGCCACCUACCCCUGCCAGUUAUGUGGCAAGAUGUUCCUCACCCUGGAGAAGUUCACUGUCCACAGUUAUUCCCACUCCAGGGAACGACCUUUCAAGUGCUUGCAGCCAGAGUGUGGCAAAGCCUUCGUCUCCAGAUAUAAAUUAAUGAGGCACAUGGCGACCCAUUCACCCCAAAAAGCUCACCAGUGUGCUCACUGCGAGAAGACCUUCAAUAGGAAAGACCAUCUGAAGAACCACCUCCAGACCCAUGACCCCAACAAAAUGGCCUUUGGGUGUGAGGAGUGUGGGAAGAAGUACAACACCAUGCUGGGCUACAAAAGGCACCUGGCCCUCCACGCGGCCAGCAGUGGCGACCUCACUUGUGGGGUCUGUGCCUUAGAGCUCAAGAGCACCGAGGUGCUUCUUGACCACCUGAAAGCCCAUGCUGAAGAGAAGCCCCAUGGGGCAACCAAGGAGAAGAAGCACCAGUGUGACCACUGUGAGAGAUGCUUCUACACCCGCAAAGAUGUCCGGCGCCACCUGGUGGUCCACACAGGAUGCAAGGAUUUCCUGUGCCAGUUUUGUGCCCAGAGAUUUGGGCGCAAAGAUCACCUCACCCGCCACACCAAGAAGACACACUCGCAGGAGCUGUUGAAAGAGAGUCUGAAACCUGGGGAUCUUCUGGGCACCUUGCAUGCGAUCUCCCCCCAGUUCCAGCUGAAGGGUGCUGCCACUUUGGCUCCUUUCCCUUUAGGGGCUCCUGUCCAGAAUGGGCUUGCAAAUAAUUUGCCAACUGAGGUGCACAGCCACCCCCAUAAUCUCUCAGAGCAGCCUAUGAUGCCUCUGCCUGAGCCUCUGAUGCCCCUUCACCAGGUGGCAUCUCCCAACUCUCCUCCCCCCAUGCAGAAUCACAAGUACAUCACCACCGGUGCUACCUCUUAUGCUCCACUGGCAAAUCUGCCUCUCAAAACCGAGACAAAACCAUACUGCAGCAUGAAUUUGCUGGAGGACUUGCCUCUGCAAGAGCCUCAGUCACCUCACAAGCUCAGCCCAGGUUUUGAUAUGGGGAAGGGGAGCGCUGGCAAAAUUAAUCUGCCCAAAGAGCUCUCCCCAGAUGCUGUGAACCUAACCCUACCUGCCUCUUUGGAUCUCUCUCCACUGCUGGGUUUUUGGCAGCUGCCCCCUGCUACCCAAAAUGGUUUUGGGAACAGCAGUCUUGCCAUGGGGCCGGGGGAGGCUCUGCCCCAUAGAUUAAGCUGUCUGGGGCAGCAGCAGCAAGAUCCAUCACUAGGCAUGGGCACUAUGAGCCUGGGCCAGCUGGCCCUGCCACCUCUCCCCCAUGUGUUCUCGGCCCCCUCAGGCCCGGCUAUCCUGCCCCAUUUCCACCAUGCAUUCAGAUGAAUGGCUCUUAGGGCACACUCAUGCUAGAUGUUUUAAGUUGCGCCCUUAAAACAUCUCAUGCUAUAUGGCAAAGUUUGGAAAACUGGAAGGGAAAUCUGGCUUAUUCUGUGAUGCCUAAAUUUGGGAUAGAGAGUUCUUGAACUGCAUGUAUUCGUGCCAAUCUGUCUUGAGUGUUCAUGCUUUGUACCAAAUUGACUCUACAAGUAUUCUAUAACAGAACUACAUAUAUGUAUCGUCAUACCGACAUCCACACGGGCUGCUAUAUUUAGAUGUUCAUCAAAUUGAGUAUAAUCAUAAGCCAUUGACUAUGUUGACUAACUUUACAAGGGCACUCGGUGCCUACAGUAAGGGAAGUAUGGAAUUCUUUGGACUUCUCCCAAAGUUCAAAGAAUCUUUAAGAUAAGCAAAUAACCUUUCUAUCACAUAUUAUUACUAGUUUGUGUAUUUCUUUUCAGGGAUUUUUCUGCCCUCGGAGUUUGAUGUAGUUUAGUUACUCUUGUAAUAGUCAACCUGUAGUGUUUUUGAAACAAUUUCUUGUGGAAUAAUCGACAUCAACACUUAAAAACAAAACACUUUAAAUAUAGUUUGAAUGUUUUCCACGGGAUGCUAUAAUGUGAGUUAUCAUGUACUUCAUUAUCUUAAAGACUAAACUGGUUGUCAGUUAACCUGACAGAAAAAAAAUUAAAAAAAAAAAAAGCCAACUGUGUAACCUGAUUAAGUGGUAAAAUAAUCCAGGUGUCAGCCAAGAAAAGCAUUUUGCUGACUUUAAUAUUGAUUAUAUUUUAACAGGAAUUUAAGAGAAUAUUACUGGAAUUUAAAAAUAUAUAUCUUAAAUAAGAAUUUUCUUUGCUCUGGCUUAAAAUACUACUCUGCUUAAGUGCUGAAGUAUUAUUUUUAAUCAACAAUAAGUAAAUGCAUUUAAAGUUCAUCAUUUAUGUCAAUGUUAGUUUAUAUUCAAAAAAUGUUAACAUUUUACAAUGUAACUGUAAUCUUGAAUUUGGUAUCUAAUGAGUUUUAAAGGUAUGAAGUGUAACCUCCUUUGAAAAACUUCUUUGUCAAGUUGUGUUUAGAGGCUUUCUAUAUGAAUAUAUAUCUUACAUAUAAUAAAGUUCAAAAUCUCCA